GAACUCGAUAAAGAGCUUCCAGUGUUAAAACCUUACUUUAUUCAAAAGCCGGAACUUGCUGGGAAGACAGGAACUGGUAUGCGAGUCACCUGGUUGGGACAUGCAUCAGUUAUGGUGGAAAUGGAUGAACUUGUAUUUCUUACUGACCCAAUCUUCAGCCAGCGAGCUUCCCCUACUCAGCUGGUGGGUCCCAAGCGCUUCCGAGGACCUCCGUGCACAGUAGAGCAGCUCCCCAAAAUAGAUGCAGUCAUGAUCAGCCACACCCAUUAUGAUCAUUUGGACUACAACACUGUAAGAAGUUUAAAUGAACGCUUCGGGAGCGAGCUUCGCUGGUUUGUGCCUCUGGGGCUCCUGGACUGGAUGCAGCGAUGUGGUUGCGAGAAUGUGAUUGAACUGGACUGGUGGGAAGAGAACUGCGUCCCUGGUCAUGAUGCAGUAACUUUUGUCUUCACCCCUUCUCAACAUUGGUGCAAAAGGACUGCGACAGAUGAUAACAAGGUUCUUUGGGGCAGCUGGUCUGUCUUGGGACCUUGGAAUAGGUUUUUCUUUUCAGGAGAUACUGGAUAUUGUGUUGCUUUUGAACAGAUAGGUAAAAGGUUUGGACCUUUUGAUCUUGCAGCCAUCCCCAUUGGAGCUUAUGAGCCAAGGUGGUUUAUGAAAUACCAGCAUGUGGAUCCUGAAGAAGCAGUAAGAAUCCAUAUUGAUGUUCAAGCAAAGAAGUCUGUAGCAAUUCAUUGGGGGACCUUUGCUUUAGCGAAUGAGUAUUACCUGGAUCCUCCUGUUAAAUUGAACGAAGCUCUUGAAAGAUAUGGCUUGAAAAAAGAAGACUUCUUUGUCUUAAACCAUGGAGAAUCACGGGACUUGAGUACAAAUGAUGGUUUUGAAUAAUGAAACAGUAGCAGUUCCUUGUAAGCCUUGUUUGAUUUGAACUAGCAAUGAAUGUUACAAAUAUUAAUAUGAUGUACUUGCAAAGUAGAUUUUUUGGAGUGAAUUGGAUUUUUAGACGCCAGGUUUGUCGGUUUCAGAACUAAAACUUGCAUACUGAUUUCAU